UUUGCCAUCCCUAGCCUUUAUCAACAGCUGGAGCACAUUUGUUGCUGUUUUCUUUUCUUUUGUCUUUCAACUUGUUUCGGAGUUAUUGUGCGUUUUUUGUGACUAUAGAGGUGAAUCUCAGCAUGGCGCACAUGUCCCACAUGCUCCAGCAACCGUCAACGCCCUCCAGCGUAGGCUCCAGCUCCUCCCGCACUAUGUCUCUGAUGGAGAAGCAGAAGUACAUCGAAGACUAUGACUUUCCCUACUGCGACGAGAGCAACAAAUAUGAAAAGGUGGCGAAAAUUGGCCAGGGAACCUUCGGGGAGGUGUUCAAGGCCCGCGAGAAGAAGAGCAACAAAAAGUUUGUGGCCAUGAAGAAGGUGCUGAUGGACAACGAAAAAGAGGGCUUCCCCAUCACAGCGUUACGUGAGAUCCGAAUCCUGCAGCUGCUGAAACACGAGAAUGUGGUGAAUUUGAUUGAGAUUUGCCGUACCAAGGCCACAGCCACCAACGGCUACAGAUCCACAUUUUACUUAGUUUUCGACUUCUGCGAGCACGAUUUGGCUGGCCUCUUGUCCAACAUGAAUGUCAAGUUCAGUCUGGGCGAGAUCAAGAAGGUGAUGCAGCAGCUGCUCAAUGGCCUUUACUACAUACACAGCAACAAGAUCCUGCAUCGUGACAUGAAAGCUGCCAAUGUGCUGAUAACCAAGCACGGCAUCUUAAAGCUGGCUGAUUUUGGUUUGGCUCGUGCCUUUAGCAUUCCCAAAAACGAGAGUAAGAAUCGCUACACCAACCGUGUGGUGACGCUGUGGUACCGCCCGCCAGAACUGUUGCUGGGCGAUCGGAACUACGGUCCGCCUGUGGACAUGUGGGGAGCCGGAUGCAUCAUGGCCGAGAUGUGGACCCGCUCGCCCAUUAUGCAGGGCAAUACGGAGCAGCAACAGCUGACCUUCAUCUCGCAGCUAUGCGGCUCCUUUACGCCGGACGUGUGGCCGGGCGUGGAGGAACUGGAGCUGUACAAGUCCAUUGAGUUGCCAAAGAACCAGAAGCGUCGCGUCAAGGAGCGACUACGUCCGUAUGUCAAGGACCCCACCGGCUGUGAUCUGCUGGACAAGUUGCUGACUCUGGACCCGAAGAAACGCAUUGAUGCCGACACGGCACUCAACCACGACUUCUUCUGGACGGAUCCCAUGCCCAGCGACCUGAGCAAGAUGUUGUCCCAGCAUCUGCAGAGCAUGUUCGAGUAUCUGGCGCAGCCAAGGCGCAGUAACCAGAUGAGGAACUACCACCAGCAGCUGACCACCAUGAACCAGAAGCCGCAGGACAAUAGCAUGAUCGACAGGGUCUGGUAGACUGGUUUCCACACCCAUUUGUUGCAGUAAGACUCUCACUAUCAACUUAGUUUAAGGUAUUAGGUUAGGAUCAUAACCAUAAAGAUUUGCAUUUGCAAAUAAAACUCCUUCAAA